UCGUUCCGAGACAAAAAUGGCUCUAGCUGCGUCCGAUCUUGCGCUGAAUCAAUUCAUUGAGGUUUCAGAUCGACUCAGUGAAUUCGAAGCGAGAUGCAACACUCCGUCGCCGACUCCCCCGAGCAUGUCCAUGCUAAAUAUCCGACGCGAAGAGGUCCGAGCAUUGUGGGAGCGCAUCAAAAAAGAGUACGAUGAGUGCAAUGUACGCCUGAUUUCAGCCGGAGACAGUGCAGCUGACAGCUUGCCAAUUCUCCGAGCGAAAUAUAAUUAUUGCUACGGCGUCUACGAAAGGUGUGGUGCGAAUAUAGAGGAUCUUAUUGCGCAAGCUCCACGAACCCCCCAAACACAAGCUGAUCCGUCCCAGACCUACGUUCCUUCAGGUUGUCGGCUACCUCCGUGUGAUACCGAGGUCUUCACCGGCGAUUAUCUUCGCUGGCCGACGUUUAGGGACCUUUUCACGGCGAUCUAUAUUAACAAUCCAAGAUUGACGCCGGUCGAGAAAUUGUUCCACCUGAAUUCCAAAACGAGUGGCGAAGCACACACAAUUGUGGCAAAGUCGCCUUUAACUAACGAUGGUUUUCGCUCAGCCUCUUCUUCGCCCAGGUCAAGACCAACUACGACGGCUCCAGCGACUACCAGUGCCGCAACCUCCACGGUGCAAAAUUAUUUUGCCACGGGUCAUAGAUCCGUCUUGUUGGGCACCGCCGUUAUUGACAUUUGCCAUCUGGGAUCAACCUUCAAAGCUCGUGCCUUGAUCGACUCUGGAUCGGAGGCAACAUUCAUGACUGAGAGGCUCUGGUCAACUUCCGUCCUGUUCAAUUCCGCAGCAUUUCCUACGGGAGCUUCCCGAUUUUUCUUUGGCGGACCCGAAGUUUUAUGA